AUGUCGCCUUUUGGAGAGGUAUUUGGGCAAGCACCACCCUCUUUAGCUGAUUAUCUGACUAGAACAUCAUUGGUGGGGGCGGUGGAUGACUUACUUACUGACCAGUCAAAGCUCAUCACGACACUGCAUGAGAACUUACAGCUCGCCCAGCUUCGAAAGCAGAACCAAGCCAACUCCGGUUGGACUAAUCUUGAUGUUUGUACUGGUGACCUACAACAAGAAGGACAAAAACAAGAUCAAGUAGUUGAAGUUUGCAAAGAAGAUGAGAGAAAAGCUCUUCUUGAUUUCAAACAAGGGCUUCAUGAUCCUUAUGGAUUUCUCUCUUCUUGGACUGGUAACAACUGUUGCACUAGUUGGAAGGGAGUGCAGUGUAGCACUAGGACUGGACACGUUGUGCAGCUUGAUCUCCAUAGCCAAGUGCCAUUGUAUGAUUAUAAUGACAAUCCUAUUCGUUCCCAAAGAUUAGGAGGUGAAAUCAGGCCUUCUCUGCUUGGCUUGAGGCACUUGAGAUACUUGGACCUUAGCAUGAACUACUUUGUCGGAAUCCAUAUCCCGGCCUUCAUUGGUUCAUUUCGGAGUCUUCAGUAUCUUGAUCUUUCAUAUUCUGGUUUCAGUGGAGCUAUUCCGCAUCAACUUGGUAAUCUCACUAACUUGAGCUAUCUUGAUCUCUCUGAUGAGAUAUUUGGAUUUGGGUGGAGGCUCCAUAUAGUUGGAAGUCAUUGGCUUUCAAAUCUAGUUUCCAUUCGAUACUUAUAUUUGAAUGGAGUGGAUCUUUCUAAAGCACCAAAUAUAAUCCACUCAUUGAAUAUGCUUCAAUGGAUAUCUGAGAUACGAUUGUCUGACUGCAAGCUUAACCUUCCUCUUUCUCUUCCUCGAGUUAACUUCACAUCGCUCUAUCUCCUCGAUCUUGCAGAUAACAAUAUUAAUUCAACAAUACCAUUUUGGUUGUUUGAAUUAAGUAGGCUUCAGUAUCUUUAUAUGGGAGAUAAUCGAUUCUCAAAUCUCAUUCCUCCAACCAUUAGCAAUCUAACUUAUCUCAAGACCCUUUCUUUCAAAAAUAAUAUAAAUAGUAAUAAUGGAUGUGGAAUUCCAAAAACUUUGGGUGAUCUUUGCAUGUUGACAACACUGGAUCUUUCAGGAAAUAAUGUUAGUGUUGAAUUGAGUGAAUUUGGAGAAACAUUUUCAGGAUGUAUUAAUAUGAGUUUGGAAACACUGAUAUUGUCGAAUGCCAACCUGUUUGGUCAUUUACCAGAAUGGUUAGGAAAUCUCAAGUCUGUCAAGUCAAUUGACCUCUCUUUCAACUCAUUAUACGGCCCAAUUCCUGAUUAUCAACUGGUACCAUCACUGCAAGAGUUAGACCUUUCUUAUAAUACCCUGAACGGUACUUUGCCUGAAAAUCUUGGCCAGUUGUUUCCCAAGUUAAUUCUUUUAAGCGUUCGCAAUAAUAAGUUGGUGGGUGUUGUGACCGAAACUCAUUUUGUUGAUCUUACAAAUAUAGAAUAUCUGGACGUUUCUUCGAAUGCGUUCAUAUUCAAUAUUAGUUCAAAUUGGGUUCCUCCAUCUUCUUUGGAAGAAAUUUUGACAGGUAGUUGCCAAAUGGGACCAAGUUUUCCUACUUGGGUUCAAAAAUUGGAGAACUUGUUUACUAUUUCAAUGUUUGAGGCAGGAAUUUCAGAUGUCAUACCAGAUUGGUUUUGGAAUUUUAGCUUGAAACUUCAAAUUGUAGAUUUAUCACAUAAUGAUAUCAAAGGCAGAUUGCCUCAUUCACUGGAGCAUCUCAAUCUAAGUCAUGUCAUUCUGAGCCACAACCAUUUUGAGGGACCAAUACCCCUUUUUCCCUCAACAAUUGAAAUAUUGAAGUUAGAGAACAACUCAUUUUCUGGGAUUAUUCUUGCUUGUUGGAACCAAUCUCUACAAACAAAACUUACAAUCGUGGAUCUUUCUUACAACAGUUUAAGUGGUGAUUUUCCUGCUUCAAUUUGUGGAGGCUAUUCAUUGGAUGUAUUACACUUGAACAAUAAUAAUUUUUCUGGUGAGCUCCCUUUACAAUUGAGAAAUUGCCAAUCUUUGGGAAUACUUGAUCUUGGUUAUAAUAAAUUCAAUGGAAGCAUAUCAACUUUGCUUUGGGAUGGCUUGUUACAUUUAGAAGCUCUUCGACUUCGAUCUAAUUUAUUGAUUGGCAACAUUCCUCCACAGCUGGGCAACCUCAAUUUUCUUCGAGUUAUAGAUCUUGCACACAAUCAUUUUUCAGGAGAAAUUCCAAUAACUUUUGGCAACCUUAAAGCCAUGAAGGGCUUCUUAGAUACUUCACAUGAUAUAGAUCAUUUUAACACAUUUGAAGUGGAAAUGAAAGGUAGAGAACUUUGGUAUGGUGUUGAAGAAUCUUCUCUCCCCAUGGCUAUUGACCUUUCUGAUAAUGAUUUAUCAGGAGAGAUCCCGAAGGAGCUAACAAACUUGAUAGGCUUGCGAAGCUUACAUUUAUCUAAGAACCAUUUAACUGGAAAGAUUCCUGAGAGUAUUAGUCAGUUGCGGUGGUUAGAAUCUCUCGACUUAUCAAUGAAUAAUCUGUCAGGUAUGAUUCCAGAAAGUAUGGCAUUAUUAACCUCAUUGAGUGAUUUGAACCUUUCUUUUAAUAAGUUCUCGGGAAAGAUUCCAUCUGGUGGACAAUUUCAGACAUUCAUCAAUUCCUCUAUUUACAGCAACAAUUCUAAUCUCUGUGGAUUUCCAUUAGAUGUCAAGUGCCAUGAAAAUAAGCCAUCUCAAUCACCUACACUCCAAAUUGGGGAAGAAGAUGUUACUGAGGUUGAUGAAAGAAAAUGGCUUUAUUUAAGCAUGGGAAUAGGAUUUGCUUCUGGACUUUGGGCCUUUUGUAGUGCAUUGAUAUUAAACAAGAGGUGGUGCUUCACAUAUUUUCAAUUAUUAGAUAAUGCUUUUGAUUGGAUAUAUGUGGUUACAGUGGUAAACUUCAACAAAAUAAAGACAACUUGUUUGAUUUAUUCGAUUGUUGAUGAAUAUGUGCAAGAAAUUCUGCACAAGGAGCAUUUUGUGGAGUUAUUGGAUGCCCCUCAUGUUGAAGAGAUCGCCUCUAUUCUUACACCAACAUUGGAGGGGUUCUUAUGGUCUAAGCUCAUGGAUUAUGGCCGUAAGGUUGCCGUGGCUAUAAAGGUGACAUUCCUCGAGGCUUACGAGCAGCCAUCAGCAGGGGGUGAGGAUAAGGUUAAGGAGUUGAAUGAUGAGUUUUGCAGUGAGUUAUCCCUACCUUCAGCCACUAAGCCUGCAAGUUCGCCCAGUCCAUCAACUCCUCCCAAACAUAGAUCAGAGAUUCAUGAGCUGUGGGCUAAGGUAAGACAGGCCGAUCUUGGCUGCGCUCUGGAUAUUCUUGCCAGGCUGGUCCCUUAUCCAGUUCCAUCUCCUUCAGCAUCGACUUCUCCAUCAUCACCGCAUCCACCGACAAACUCCGCCCCAUCGGACUGA